CCAAAGCAGGGGAACCCCUAAUUAGAGGGGAAUCCCGCUAAUUAAAGAGGGAACCCCCCAUUUCGGUGCCUCUGCUCCGCUGGCCCCGCCCACUCCAGCCUGGCACGCGCUGGGCACGCCCCUUGGGGCGGGGCACGAGAUGGCUCCACCCACCCCCUUGACCACGCCCAUCUCAUUAUGCCUUCGGGGCACGGCCCUCAAGGCCCCGCCCCUCACCACUUUUGGGUGUGUGAUGGGCAUGGGGUUUUUAGGCUCCACCCCCUGGCGGCGGCCCCGCCCCUCCCACGCAGGCAGCGCUGGGCCGGGGGCGUCUCCCCAAACCCCUCCUCUUUUGGGGCGUGUCCCCUCCGGGCCCCGCCCCUUUGUCCCCCCCGUCGCCCACCCCCGUGGCCCCCGGGCCCCCCCCCGGCCCAUUCGCCCCAGCCCGGCCGCGCCAUGAGCCACCUCGGGGCCCCGCUGCUGCUGCUGGGGCUGCUGGGGGCACUGGACCCCCCCCCGGCCGCGGGGCAGGACCCGGGCCCGGCCCCGAGCCCCCACCCCACCGCCCGCCCCAACGCCACCAGGCCGGUGUUCCCGUGUGGGGGGGACCACCGAGGGGAGUCGGGGUUCAUCGCCAGCGAGGGCUUCCCCCGGCACUACCCCCCCCCCCCCCCCCCCACAAUGUCCCCCCAGGUCCCCGAGGGCCAGGUGGCCACUCUGUCCUUCCGUGUCUUCGACCUGGAGCCGGACCCCCUGUGCCGCUUCGACUCGCUCUCGGUGUUCGGGGGGCACGGCCCGGGGGCGCCGCUCUUGGGGCGUUUCUGCGGCACGUUCCGGCCGGGGGCUCUGCGGGCCCCCCACAACCGGCUGCGGCUGCGCAUGGAGAGCGACGGCGGCACGGCCGGGAGGGGGUUCCUGGCCUGGUUCAGCGCCGGCAGCCCCCCAACUAACGGGCCCCCCCAGGGACGGCGGCGCUCGGGGGUCUCUAAUAAACCCCAUUUUUUCGGGGAGUCCUGGCACUAUUUUGAUG